AUGGAUAGUACAACUACGAAUAGUAAUGCUCUUGCUAGACCAAAGAAAAAAGUGAAACUCUGUAUUGAAGUUUACGAAAAGCAGAGUGACCAUCCUCUUUUUAAAUUGCCCAAUGAAUUGUACAUGCAAAUAUUUUCAUAUUUGGUUGGUGAUCCGAUGCGUAAAGUGGAUAUUUCUUCAAUAGAGGUGAAUCAAGUUUGUCGUCCCGAUAAUUAUCCUCUUCACCAACAAGUUCUUGCACUGAUUCCUCCCUUUGAAAAUUUGAAAACCAUUACUAGAUUAAAUCUUGUCUGUAAGGACUUUAAUAUGAUGAUUAGGGGAGGUAUUCCACCAGAUGAUAGGUUAUUAGAUAGCAGUGAAAAUGAGAAUGAAACAAAUGAAGAGGAAACGAAUGAACCUGAGGAACCUAAUGAGUUUAUAAUGAAGGAUUUUGAAAGAUUUUGGUUACGUGGAUUCAAUUACUAUUUCAAGCUACUUUAUUGGAUUAGAACAAGAAAGUUGGAAAGUAUUACAAUGGCUUAUGGAGACAUGACACAGAAAGACUAUAUCGAAAAUGCCAAAGCUCAGAAUGUCAUUCUUCAUUAUGAGAGAGGGAAAUGUGCGACAUCGUUCGAGGAUGCUUUUGAUUAUGAUCAGUUUACAGGAGAUAUUGAUAUGGAUGCGAGUGAUGAGGAAGAGGUGAGAGAAAACGAAUCAUCCUCUGAAGUUCACUCAAAUUCAACUGAAAAUAAGGAAGAAGAAAAUAAGGAAGCUGCUGAACUUUACAAUAAGAUUUUCAAAUCAAGAAAACCAAAGUAUAACGAUCCACAACAAAGUAAGGAGCAGAUUUUAAAGAGAUUAAAGCAGUUGGAAAUUGACUGGCAGUCUUACGUUAAGUAUUUUAGACAAGAUGAUACGAGUUUUGAGUUGUGUUUAGAUGUAAUGCUUAUGAUAUCUCUUCACAUGUUUGAUACUUUUGACUCUGAUAAUACUGAUAUGUAUGAUGCAGGAUCUGGAGUUCCCAUUCAAAGAAAAUAUUUGAAUUCUUGGGUUUCAGGAAGUGCAAGAAAAUGUCAUGAAUCAUUUGCACAAGGCAAUAUUUUUAAACUUGGAAAAUGUGCUACUAUUCAAACCAUUGGAAAACUUUGA